AUGCGAAAGUUGGAAUGGGACGACAUGGGAAUGAAGGUUGAUGGUCGGCUGCUACACCAUUUGCGCUUUGCUGAUGACAUCGUAUUGAUAACACCUAGCAUCAGCCAAGCGGAACGAAUGCAGACCGAGUUCGACGAAACAUGUGGAUGCAUCGGUCUUCAGCUGAAUCUGCAAAAGACGAUGUUCAUGCGGAACGGAUGGGUCUCGGAUGCCCCAUUCACGCUCAGCGGAACGAACAUAUCCGAAUGCACCAGCUAUGUUUAUCUGGGUCAGGAAUUGAACAUGAUGAACGACCUGACCUCCGAGCUGGGCAGGAGGAGAAGAGCGGCUUGGGGAGCGUACAAGAGCAUCGAGGAUGUAGUACAAGAGCAUCGAGGAGAAGAAGACCAGGAACACCCGGCUUCGUGCUCACCUCUUCAACACCACCGUACUUCCUGCUUUGACCUAUGCUUCGAAAACCUGGGCAUUUUGCAAGCAGGAAGAAAACGCGGUGAGCGUCAUUGA